AGUACUUGUUAGCAAUAACGGAAGAGCUAGAAUUGGAAACCUAUUGUUUACAAAACAAAAAUUGGUGAAGGCAAAUAUUGUCAAAUGGGAAAAAUAUGUGUGAACGAAUUUAUACAUUUUAUUUUCACUUUGUUACCAGUUACGACUAAAAUAAGUUAUAAUUUUUAUAAUGAAUGUUUGCACUAGGAUUCAUUUUAUCCAAAUGGUUCUCUUCAGAUGUGUUUGAAAAAUUUCAAUUCUAGGUUAUGUGUAUGUUCAAAAAAAAAUUAUUUUGAGCCCUUCCUAAAUAGUAAAGAGAAAUAAGGAACUGAAGUGUACGUUACAUAUGGUUAAAAAUAGUUUUAGUUAUAAAUGAUCUGCUAGCAGCCUUGAUUCAUAUAUUUGAAAAAGAAUAAAGUAACAUCAGGAUAACAUAUUGACUAUCUGCAGAGUACAGAUGUUUCAGACAUGGUGUGAUGCUCCACCAUGGAGAGCGCUCGGCUGUGCAGACUGUGUGCGGCAAGGGCCACCGCCCUGCUGCCCAUAUUCGAAGGGGAAGGCCUGAAGCAGCAACUGUCGCUGAAGAUAAACAAGUACCUCCCUGUACAGGUGGAUCGAGACGACUACCUGCCGGAUUGUGUGUGUCACGAGUGUUCGGCCACUCUGAAUGCAUGGCACAGACUCGUGGAGGGAUGCGUGGUUUCUGACAAGAAGCUGAGGGCUUUGUUUGCUGCCCGACAGAAGUCUGCUCCAGUUCUGGUUGAUGAAGAAGCGUCCAUCAAAGAUAUUGGCGUCUGCUGUGAAAGCGAGGACGAAAACACUGAACAGCAAGCAGAGACUGAUGGCUGUGCUGCCAUUGCCGAUAGCGGUACGUGGCACGGCAUUGACAGGUGUAACCAGGCUUCAUCACUGCUGUCUAAGUUCAGGAUAAAUAAAAACCUGAAUAUAAAACUUAAUGAGCCUGAUGCGGAUGAAAACAGCGAUUCCAGUCUAUUACCACCUGAAAUUGCAGAUGUGAAGAAGGAGUGCCAUAUUUUUAAGGAUUAUGGUGAUGUCUGUCAAGUUGUAAGUGAAAACAAAUGUUUUGAUACAGCUGACGAAGAAUUUAAAGGACAAACGCUUACAGUUCUCGGAUCCCACUAUUGUGACAUCUCUCUCCCCAAAUGUGGCGAUGCUUACGAAGAACUCUCGGCCUGCGAUUCGAAAGCUGCCAGCACGGAGCAGUUGCAGCGUCGUUCCGAGCCGAAGUUUUUCGAAUGUGAAGUAUGUUGCACAGAGUUCUCAAGUCAGCUGGAACUGGCAGCACACACAACGGCCAACCACAUGUAUGUGCCUCCGCAGUGCAAGUACUGCAGUGAAGUGUGCGAAGAUGACGACCAACUCGAAGCUCACGAACUGUUGCACCAGAAUAAUGCUCUCAACUGCCCGGUGUGCGGCAAGACUUUGUCGACGUUCCGGACGCUCAAGCAGCAUUUCAGUGUCCACGCCAACUCUGGUCUCAGACUGUGUAAUUUUUGCAACAGUGUGUUUUCGGACCAGAACGAACUGAAGAAACACGAAGCUACACAUCAAAAUGAAAGACCGUAUUUAUGCGAUACGUGUGGAAAGGCGUUUCGGUAUAAAGGAAAUAUGCUUAGUCAUUGUAGUACACAUUUAGAUGACAGUAUUGUACGUAAGUUCAAAUGUGAGUUUUGUGGUACUGUUUACAGGAGUAAAAAUAUAUUAAAGAGACAUCUUGCCCUCCAUAGUAACGAUGGUAAAAAUAGCUUUGUGUGUGAAACUUGUGGGAAAAGUUUUUUAACGAUACAAAGCUUAAAGGUGCACGUGAAGGUACAUUCUAAUAGCAGGCCUUAUGAAUGUGCAGUAUGUAACAUGUCCUUUAAAUGGAAGAAAAACUUGAGAACUCACCAACGUGUUCACGGCGCAGUGGAAGAGAAUCAUGGUGAAGAGGAAAGCAAGCGUAGAAUAGCUCGCGUGCAGUGUGAAAUUUGUGGCAAAUACUUUGCGUCCAAGUGGAACCUUUCUGUGCACGUGAAACGUCAUGAUGUUAAUUUUACCGGCUCCUCCAUGUGUCACAUUUGCGGCAAGACUCUCUGCGACUCCCAGGCCAUGAGUCGCCACCUCAAAGUGCACGCUGGAAUAAAACCUUUCAAGUGCGCGAUUUGCGGCAAGAGCUUCGGCACCAAGAUGAGUCGUGACGACCACGAGCGGACGCACACCGGCGAGAAACCCUUCUGCUGCGACGUGUGCGGGAAGUGUUUUAGCUCGAAGCCGCAUCUCCACGUCCACCGAGUCGUCCACUCGGAAAACAGGCCUUUCACCUGCACGUACUGUCCGAAGAGCUUCCGUCGUCGCCCUCACCUCGUUCUGCACAUUCGCACGCACACCGGGGAGAAGCCGUAUUCGUGCGAGCUGUGUUCCAGGGCAUUCAUUCAGAAGAACGACAUGAUGAAACACAUGCUGACCCACUCAAACGAGCGACCGUUUGUCUGUGAGUGUGGCAUUAGUUUCCGUCAGAAAAGAGACCUUAACAAGCACAAAAGGAAACACGCAGCUGUAGACGUAACUUUUCCGCCAGCAAUCACAUGUAUGUGAUAUCUUUACGAAGACUGAUUACUUUUCUAUAGUCGCCAUAGCAUUUUGGUGUGAUAGUAUAACUGAUUAGAAUUCCGAUAAUCAUAAGAAAAGUAUUUAUUAUAUUGAUUUAUUUAUGAGCUGUAAACUCCAAACUUUUGUGGUCCCAUAGAUUUUUUUUUAACAUUAUACACUGAUUUUACAAGGUUUUUUUUUGUCUUGUGAAACCAAAUAAAAUGCAUGAAAUAUGCUACAAACUGUUUAA